UAUUUACACGCAAAUAGUAUUGGAACUAGGACGUCUGCCCCUCGUGCUGCCAUUUUGGAUUUUCUGUGUUUUAACAUGUAAUUAGGAUGUGCUUACGUACAUGCAGAUGCUAAUUUAUAGCAAAAUUAAAAGCAAAUGAUUAAAUGGAUGCCUCAUCUAUUAUCACGCAAGUGUCACGAGAUGAGGACAAUGUGAAUUCAUACCCUCCACCCGAUAGAGGAAACGGUACUGGCGUCAGUAGCGGCAAUAGUAGCAGUGGUGCCAAGAAGACGAGUAACUGUAGUGGCCGCAGCAGCAACUCGGGAAGUAGUAAUAAUUUUUUGAAGCAACUUUUCACCUGCUGCUGGCGCAGCAGCAGUGGUGAAGAAAAUGAUGACUGCCCAGCAAACGGCAGUGCCCCAAGUGCUAAUGCAGCAAGUACAACUGCUGCCAAUGGAGCUAAUGGAGCUUGUCUUCCUGAAGACAGCUCUGCCUAUGCCCUACCAGCCACCACACACCUCUUACCUCCCGUGCAGGAACGAGAUAUUAACAAGAAAUGCAUGGUUAUUGACUUGGAUGAGACAUUGGUUCACUCUUCAUUCAAGCCAAUCAGCAAUGCAGAUUUUGUAGUACCAGUAGAAAUAGAUGGCACAGUCCACCAAGUGUAUGUACUCAAGCGGCCAAAUGUGGAUGAUUUCCUGCAGAAGAUGGGUGAUCUCUAUGAGUGUGUCCUCUUCACUGCAAGUUUGGCUAAGUACGCUGACCCAGUGGCUGACUUGCUUGACAAAUGGGGUGUCUUCCGAGCUCGUCUCUUCCGCGAGUCGUGCGUGUUCCAUCGAGGCAAUUAUGUUAAGGACCUCAGCAGAUUGGGGAGAGAACUUCAUCGCGUUGUCAUUAUGGACAACAGCCCAGCUUCCUACAUCUUCCAUCCAGAUAACGCGGUGCCUGUGUCGUCGUGGUUUGACGACAUGACGGACACGGAGCUGUUGGAUCUCAUUCCCUUCCUGGAGACGCUGAGCCAUGUGGACAGCGUGUACGGCGUCUUGCGUGGCUGCUCACCUCACGUGCCCCUGCAGCAGUUGUCUGGCAACUCAGCGUCCGCUGUACACAACGACGGCUCCUCGAACAGCGACAGCUCCCAGCCAACCAACAACAACUCAAUGAUGUCCGAGCCUGUGUCGCCCAUAUCUCAAUUGCACCGGCCUGACAGCGACAUAAGCGUCACCUGAACCUGCUGCCUUUGCUAGCUCCUUUUUUACCGCCAUUUGUAUUGUGUGCAGUGCAUCCAUAGUUAGUCACUUGGUGAUGUGUGUUGCAGUGAUGGACAUAGUGACGACUUGUCAUCAUCAGUCAAGUGUAGCUGUCAUUAAAGUUGGAGCUAUUUUGCAGUUCUUGUGUGAUGAAAGUUACUAAUGUGUAGUGUGGAGAAACUUUCUAGUUAUCAAGGACUCAAAAUUUUAUCUGAAGACCUCCUCCUGGGCCGCUCUAUAAACUUCUUCCCGGGCCCUGCUGUGUGAACACGGACUUCAUCAAACUUUCCUUGUCUGUGCCAAUACUGAAGAACUGUGCUAAGCAUGGCGUGAUGCUCUGUAAUGCAAUCUUCUGCCCACAUAGUGGAGACCUUGAGUUCUCGUUUGUUGAUCUUUUAAUUUGCUGAGCUGCGUUGAAAUUGCAUCCUCUAUUACUUUGGUGAUUGUGGUCCUGCAGAUACUAAACCUGUGUUCUCGCAGUGACCUAGGGCGCAACGGAUGAGGAAGUCAACAGAUGGAAUCUCUGGUUAGUCAUCGUGUAGGGCGCGGCGGCAUAUUUUGUGUGCAAUCUUAUACGUUUUUCCUGCUGGCUUGUUUAUCCUCAUAGUUUUCAGGCAUCAUGGGACGGCUUUCCAGUAACAAUCCGGCUUGUUGGACUAUCUUUGACGUGAACUAUCCGGAACGCAUUUCUAUCAGCGUUGACCGAUUACUAUUAAGUUUACUGUUGUCCUUGUUAAUCCUAAUAGCGCUUGGGUCGUUACUGGCAAACCGGCUUGGGCAUAGCAUGUCUACUCAAGUAACGACCCUCAUUAAACCCUACAUGCUACUCUACUCAACUUCUAAUUCUUUGAUACUAAGAUUACUUUUUUUUUACUUUUCCUCAGAAGUGAAACCUGCAAUUUUUAUGAGAUUAAUCUCUGUUGAUGAAAGCAAUAAACGGUGUAAAAUGCCAAAUUAGUAACGUUAGUUGAUCGCUAUUGACGCGACAGGCUGGAAGAACUCACGUUGUUUUCAAUGUGUCCUAAAUAUUUUAUGCUAUUUUUCCAUUUUUGAAGCGUGAUCUAAUCUAAGAUUAGUAGCUAUUGUUAUUUCCUGAGAAUGGUCUAUAAAAUUAUUAUAUAUAUGUAUAUAUCAUGCGUGUGUUCGCCGCUAUUGCUGCUUGCCAUGCAUUGUCUUGCGUGCCUCUUCUCUCCUAAUCGUCAUCAACGUCCGCGCCUGGUUCUUGUUUAAGUAGCCCCCCUGGUGUGAACUGAAAGAUUUCUCACUUCGAAUUGUGAGUGCUACGAGUUAUAACUUCAACAUGAUGUUUCCAUUAUAUAGGCACAAACCUGAUGCUGAACAGUGACUGAGACUGAUCUACUAGACGAAGAAUCAAGCCUCCGACGUCGCCGAUGAGGCUUUGUAUUGUGCAUUGACGAUUAUUCAUGUUCCCUUGUCUUGCUGCAGCUACCUACUAGCCCAGGUUACCUUGCUUCAUCAGCUUUAACCUAUAAAUUUUCACCUGCAAAUUGUCCGUAAGCCUACUUUUGACACUAUCAGGGCAUCUAAUGAAUUUAUUGCAAAACUGCGUUACACUUACGACGUCUUCACUGAUAUCGUUUUGCUGUGUACCAUGUAUCUGCUGUGGUCCAGAUAUGAAUUUGCUUGUACUUGUAGUUUGCUGAUAAAAUUCUGCUGUGUAUUAAUGAAUUCGUUGCAAAAAGUUACCUUUUUGUGCCUGAAGCGUGAUUGUAAAUGCUCAUGAAAUUAUAUGUUUUAUCAAAAUACCUCGACCGUUUUUUACUGUGGUGACAAUCGGAUGUGACAUUCGUGAAUUGGCUGACUUUUUGUAGUACCUAUGUAUGAUUCGUGUUAGGUUUGAGUUAUGAGCAUUAUUUCGGUGCUCAAGGCAAGACCUGCUUUGGAAUUUCUGCUGUUUCUAGAUUUUACCACGUCCGCAUUUAUUUUUCGGCAUAAUUCAAUGUGAAUAUUGAAGCGCGAUGAACUUCUUAGAGAUUUCGUUUCAGUAUCGCUAAAAACAAUUUUUACUUGUAUCCAUAGAACCCUGCGCCAUUUAAUGCUAUACUACAGGAAGUUUUUCUUCCGCUCUUGAUCAGUUGCAACAACGGUCGCUUGCAGGUUGUUGUUAUGUCUCGGAAGUAUCUCCUGGUUGCCAAAUUUGUGUUUCAUCAUUACUCCUAAGCUGUUGACAGUUUUAGUAUUUCACUCUUGUCAAGAGUUACAUAGUAGCUUCGAUUCCAUGUCAGGACUCAAUCAUUUCUUUCUUCUGUCUUGCCUAAAGGUGCGACGUUGCCGCGUUACGAGCAAGGCGAUUGUGAGGACAAUCUCAGGUUAAAUUACUCUUCAUAAGCUUCGGGUAGCUAGAAUACCUAUCAUUUAUUCAAAGUUGAUUGUUUUUGUGAGAAAUAUGCUCUGUUGAGGUACCAUGUUGCUCGUGAAUAUAGGAGCUUUAUUGCGCGCGAUCAACCAUUGAUCAAUAAGCGCCUCAGAGAUACAGUUAAUUGGAAUGUUGUCCGUAAUACCAAUAUUUGCAGAAGUAUAUAUUACUUGCAUAGGCAUAUCUGACAGCUUAAUUUGCCGACGUGUAUUAGUGACACAGUAAUUUUCAGACGUAUAGAAGCGACACCUUCAUUUGCAUUUGUAUCAGCACUAUAUUUAUUUGCAAAGGUGCUAGCUGUUCCGUUAGUAUCACACGUUUCGCUGACACGAUUAAUUACUGCGGAGGCUAUGUUCUUCAUUGCUCAGGCAAAACUGCAAGCUGAAAUAUUGUAGCAUCUCUUGAGAGCUUGCGCUGUCACCUCAUUCCGUGCCUUGCUUCUGAGCUUUGAUAUAGUUUACUCCUUCAUUUUAACCUCGUUCAAUUUUAUGUAGAAUCUUCAACCUUGAAUUUAGGAAGUCAACUCUAAGUUAUUAUCAUGGAUGGGUGGUAAGACUGUUGCAUUAAAGAGGGGUGUGUUAGAGAGAGGGGGGUAACGUAUUACGAAGUAAAUAUUUUAUUUUUUUUUUCUUCAUGUACAGAUGAAUUAUGUUCAAAUCAUUACAAAUUGGAAACGAUUGACCUAGUCGGUUUGGACAUGCCAUGUUUUAGUAAUCAGUUUUUUUUUUUUGUUUAUAUACGGUGAUUGCUUAACUGAAAAUUCUCUAUUCUGCAAGUUUCCAUUUUUGGGCUACAUGAUAAUUCAUUCAAAUUCCUGGCCCUGGGCCACGAAUAGGCAUACAAUUUUUGUAAUAAAAAUGUACGAGUACGUUCUUGUUGGGUAUUUUUAGACACUGUAGAUUUGUUGCGAUAUGUCAUUGAUGUUUUAGUCUUAUUGGAGUUGUAACUUUGCCGUACUUUGGUUUAUUUCUGCCACUUUCAAUAGUCAUGUGGAAUUAUUGCGUCAUUCAAGUGUUUCAUGAUCAUGCCUGUUGGAUUAUUAUUUUUCCAUGGACAUUAUGUUGCCUUUCUCAACAUGCAUAUCUAAAGUAAUGAUCAAGCGGUUGAAUAGGAAUUAUUGUUAAGUUUUUUUAUAAUAACAUCCUUAUAAAGGCAACGUAGGGUAUGACUGGCCUACGUUAAUCAGAAUAUUUUAAUGCAAUUUUCAGGAUUUUCUUGUCUUCUCUAUAUUUGCAGAAUCAAUUGACCAUUUAAUUUCUUAACUGACUUCUAUGGCUAGGUAUAAACCGAGUGUUGUUCUAUUUGUAUAGUGAUGCUUGUUGACGGACGAAUCGACAUUCAUUGCUAGUGGUAGAUCAUGCUCAGGCGUGUGAAUGUACGUUCCGGCAGUUGCUUGGAUCACAUCUGACGCUAGCAGUGAAAUGCUUCUAUGAAUUUCUGUGAAAUGUUGAAUGUUUUCGUGUCGGCUAAUUCGUCCUUGCGGAAUUGAAGAGCAUGUAGAAGCAUCGUUUGGGUGCAUCAUGGCUUCAAUUUUUAGGUCUCUGAACGCGCUUCGUGGGAAGCUGAAUUAUUGCAUGCCUUCCAUGUCAUGUCCUCUUAUUAUAGGGGCCAUCAAAAGCUAGUUUUCUCGAGGCUUCCUUAUUGUAAAAAAUGACGUCGAACGAAGAAAGCUCAGUGAUCUGUCUUGCUGUCAUCAUGCUUUGUGAUAUAUCACAGCCCUCCGGUUGUUGUCUGACUAUAACUGGCAUGGCACGUGGAGUCUUCUUCACCGUUACGUUGAAAUAUGUUUUCUUUCUUAAUAUUUCCCCUGUUUAAUACUGUAAAUAAACUGCCUCUCACGGCAGACCCGCUCACCCUAAUGCUCUCCCUAGUUUGCGUCCGUGCUUGGGAAAUGCUACAAGCUCCACUUCCAAAGUGUUUUAAGUUUGCUUCUAGAAUGAAUUUCUCACAUUAGGACUAAGAACGCAUCACUACAAGUUCUGAGUGAAGAACGAAACUAGGGAGAGCCUCGAGGUGGAUCGCAAGUGGCCUUAAUAUUGUUAUAGAUUUAUAUCCUAAUAAGAAUAGUAUAUAGAACGCUUUUGGUGUCGCUUCACUGACCUCAGUCUGUGUAUACUGCCUCUUCUAAAGAGGCCUCUCGGGUCCUAGGCUUCAGGGUUCCCCAUCAAAUGCUUCUCUUGUUUUUGUUUCUCCUCAUAUCCACUCGCCUUUAACGCUCUUUCUGUCCCAUGUUGAGCCUUAGCAGUCCACUAUAAUAUACAAUCGCUGAUUUUUCGCGCGCUAGUCUACCGAUCGCGAAAUUUGAUUCACCGUACAACUAAAGCCAAGCUCAAAUGUUUACUAUCUCCUAACGAUGGUGCCACUCAUUUGUCUGCAAUGUUAGUAUACCAUAUCAGUAAUUGAAUGCGAGUAAAAUGAUGGGUUGACUUAGCGCUCGUCUUGUUUAUGGAAAGAGGUCAACUUCGCAGAGGCUACACGCGAGUAGAAGUUCUUUUUUUGUUUUCAUUUUUUUCAGUGGAGUUGUGCAUCUGCCUUUCAGUUAUUGCCUUAGUGCACUCGGUUGAAAACAAUUUAAAAAUAUUUUUAGUGGUUUGUAUUCGUUCUAUGCAUAUUCAUCGAGAUAUCUUUAAUUAAUUAAACUGUUGCAUGGCCCAGCAUUGACGAACUCUUGUCAGAUCCUAGACCUGAGACAAGCUGUUGGAAUAAUUAAUUGUUUUCACAGGACUCAGCUGUUGAAUUCUCGUCAGGAUUUAUUCUCGCUUCUGGUUGAUUGUGUCUUAAUUUCUUGUUGAUCGCGUACGGUCUCUUUGUUACUCAUUAUAUUUACUCGAUCAUUCAAUACAGGACCUACCCUUUAAAUCCAACAUCAGGAAGCUCUGAAUUAUCUAGUGUGUUUCGAUCCCUACAGAGAAACAAGAAUUGGUUUGAAAAAAAGCAUUAGUGAGAACAUUAUUCGACGUGUGCUAGACCUGCUCGGCGAUCUUCACAAUGAAUCCUUUCUUCCUGUUAUUUCACCCCUAUUCUUAAGCUGCAUUCUUGUUUAACGAGGCAGUCUAUCUUUCCGAUCGUUUGGAUAUUCUUGAGUUGAACAACCGUAGUGUUAGUGUUUAUUAUUGUCCCUGUUAAGUUAAGUAUUGGUAGUACUAUUUCGUAUGCGUGAGAUUGUUUUCAGCGUCGCAGUCUUCCUGUAACCGUUGCAAUUAUUUGGGAGUUUCUUCUUAUUGUCAGGUCAUUUUCUAAUGAUUCCGUUAAGUUGAUAAUUAGUGCGCUUGGGCUCAAAAUCCUGAUGUUGACGUUGAUACUGAUAUAGGCUAGCUGUUGGCUGUAAGGAGCUUCAUUGUUAUUUAAUUCCAUGAUCAUGUUACCAAUCUCAUUGCUUACGAGUAGGACGAUUAGAAGCCGGAUAUUUUCUAAUUUAGCAGUGUUUAGUUUUGGCAAGAUUUUUCUAUGAACUUCGUUGGCAUUAAGGAUCGAUCACUGAAGAUUAUAACAACUAUUUCAUAUUUUGUUGCGUGUAAAUGAAUCCUGUUGCCGUGCCAUCGCUGUCUUGCAUUAUUAAUCUUUGUUGUUGGGUGCAUCUGUUGUUGGCUCUUACGAGAACUUCGAAGCGUUCUUUAAGACUUGGCGUUAUUUGCUGAAUUCUCUUGAAUACUUUUUACCAUUAUAAAUAUCGGUCGUACGAUAUUAUUUUCGUAUGCAUUUUGGAAAUUCGCAAGCUUCAUAAUUGAACUUUUUUGCCUACUUCAAUUCUGAAAAAUAAAUCAAUUUGAUCAUUUAGUUUUUACAUUUCACUAGCAUUUAAAGUGGUUGAAAUGAAAUUUGUUCUUUCUCUUGCCAAAUUAAUGCAUUAAAAACUUCGAUGCGAGCUAAGAAAACACGUAUUUUUUGUUGGCUCGUCAAUAGUACGGUAGUAUGUGACCUCCAUGUUUUCUAAUCUCAUUAAUUUUUGUUGCAAGGCUGUUUUUCGACCCUUUAAUGUGAAAUUUGUUGCCCUCAAGAAAAUGUUAGGGUCAAUUUCAUUUUUAACAAAUUGUACUUUGGCAUGAAUAUUGUCUAAGUUACGACCUUGUGACCAGAUGCGUGAAUCCACAACUCGCCGUCGCUGUGAUCGCGAGCUGGCCUUCUCCAUAUUGUCUAAACUCUAAAGUCUAAACCAUUGUCAAAUCUCGUGGCGAUAUUUUAGCGUUAAUAUUUUACGUGCCAUACAGACUGAAAGUGUGGAAUUCAAUCAAAUUGUUCAAGGUGUCGAUGAACAUGACUGAGAUUCGUUAAUUUUGACAACCUAUGUUUCAAAUUUAGGGCACGAUAAUAGCGUUGAGUUGGAUUCGAGUAUACCUUGCUUCCCACACCGUGUGUACAAAGCUGUCGAUGAAAAUCUGUGCUAAGGAAAUUGUAACAGGUUUCAUAUGUAUAGUUACACCGAUAAUAUAAAAUUAAAAGCGAACUUGUUC